AAAAAUUAAUCUGACUGUCCAACAUGUUUACGGAACAUAGCUGCCGGGUGUGUUUUGGUCCUCCGACAUUGCCGCUGUUCGAACUGCACGAUGGAACCGUACUCGGGCAGAUGAUGGCAGACUUUGCCGAUGUUUUGAUCGCAGAAGGUGAUGGAAAACCAGCAUUCCUUUGCGAGGGUUGUGGACAAAAACUGAAAUCGAGUGUGGACUUUCAGAGACAAGUUCGCGAGGCGGAAAACACAAUAGAGUCGGCGUUAAGAAAUGCGGCGGACGACGAUCAAAUGCCGAAGAAAAUCAAACUCGAAUUUGCUCAUAUCGAAGAAGACGUGUAUGAGUACGAGUUUUUAGAUGAGAACACAGACGAAGCAGCUAAAACUGAUUGCGGAGAAAACCGUAGUGCUCCACCGGGGUCACCCGCAAUGAGGAACGAAGAGUUGCUUAAAGUACUGGAAUCGUCUGACAACGAUGAUGGCGAUGAAGACUUAUCUUUCGAUGAGGAAAUGAAUGACGAAAUAACGCUGGAAGAUGAGCAGAACAAAUUUCCGUUUUUAAUUCCUUCGGAAGAGCGAAUCGCUCAGCGAUUGAAGUUUGACAAUUUUGAAUACCUGGAAAUCGAUGGCGAUCGUUGCUGUGGGUGUAGUUUCAUCGCUGAAAAUCGAGAUGAAUUGAUGCAGCAUUCGAAGGACAAUCACUCGCAGAACUAUUAUGCAGACAGUGGAUAUACUUGUCCUACGUGCUACCGCAAGUUUCAGAGCCAGGAAAAACUGGCAAACCACAUUGAAUACUACUCCUAUAGUGAUGUCUUCUUGUGUACGAUAUGCUAUGAAUCCUUUGUGCAUAAAAGCCAUCUAAAAGCUCAUCAAGAAUCUUGCGCGUCACAUCAACAACAGAACCAGCCACAUAGCCCCACGUUACCAUUGCCUGUCAGCCAAAAGGCUACCCGGCGGAAGAGAACCACUUUUACCAACCAUAGACCAUUACAAGUAAAUCCUACCGAUGAGGACCCUCGCAGCCAUUUCUGUUGUUUCGUCCGUUGCUGGGAGGGUUUCAACACAGAAGAAGAACUCCUAUCGCAUGUACAUCAGGUACAUGAAGGGAAACGGCGCGAGAACGAACUGGCUAGCUCCAAACUCAACCCAGCUACAAAAUUCACCUGUUUGGUAUGUCAAAGGACAUUCGAUACCGAGAAACAGUUGCACGUUCACAUAUCCUACAAACAAAAGCGCGAAGAAUACAUUUGCCAGGAAUGUGGCAAAAGUUGCCAUAAACCAAGUAUUUUGCGCGAUCACUGGCAAAAGGAACACACUAAUCUAGCACCGGAGUUUGCAUGCGACAUCUGCGGGAAAGCAUUCUGGAAACUGUCGGUGUUGAAAAAUCACCGCAAAAUCCAUGUUCCAUUCGAGAACGUACCAUGUAGCGAACCGGGUUGCGAGAUGGUCUUCCGGGAUACGUUCCUUAUGAAGCGGCACUGUCGGAACGUUCAUGGGGACGCCCCAUGGCACUGCCGGUUCUGUCCGAAAAGGCUACGCACCAAGGAGGCAAUGGACAUCCACGAACGAGUUCACACCGGGGAAAAGCCGUUCCCUUGUCGGGAAGGUUGCGAUCGGAGGUUCGCCCAUGCUACCGAUCGUGUGCGCCAUGAACGAUCGAUGCACACCAGCGAGAAACCGCAUAAAUGCGCCCAUUGUAAGGAGGCGUACGUACGCAGAAGAGAAUUGGUGAUACAUCUGCAGAGGCAUCACAACGGAGAGGAGAACUAAGCUUAAGGUAGGUGAAUAAAUGCUUGCUUAACAAAGA